AUGGAGACUCCCACGCCGGGUGCCACCCCUCAGUCACAAAUUGCGGACUAUUUCGCAGGACACCACCGAGAUAGCAGCUUCAAUUCAGCUGCAAGCUCUCACGAUCCACGUCGAUCACUAGUACCUGGCGUCCGUCGCUAUCCAACUCGAAAGAUCAAGCUGGUCCAGGGCUAUAUUUUGAGUAUUGACUACCCAGUUCCAAGCGCCAUUCAGAAUGCAGUUCAAAAGCAGUAUCGAAAUGGGGAGUUUGCUGAGGAAUUCAGCCAACUGCGUUCGACUGACGGAGCAGACACUGCUGCCACCUGCGACCCGGACGAAUUCGUGAUGAGAAAUGGUUACAAUCUCCGCCCGAUGAUGUACAAUCGGCAUACCGAACUUCUAAUCGCGGUCACCUAUCAAAGCCAGAACAAGGUUCUCACGGCACGGACGUUGCACGGAGUCAUGCAGAACAUUCGCGACAUCUGCAAUCUCAGGGAAUCGGAGUUCUGGAACCAAGGAGGCCCGGCCUGGCAGAAGAUUGUUGUCUGUCUCGUCUUCGAUGGAAUUGAUGCUUGUAAUAGCAACACCCUCGACGUAUUGGCUACGAUUGGCAUCUAUCAAGAUGGCAUCAUGAAGCGAUCGGUUGACGGCAGGGACACAACCGCGCAUAUAUUCGAAUAUACCACACAGCUCUCUGUCACUCCCAAUCAAGACUUAAUCCGUCCUCGAGGAGACGAGUCCACGAAUUUUCCGCCCGUUCAAAUGAUCUUUUGCCUGAAACAGGAAACCACUAACAAGAUCAACUCGCACCGCUGGAUCUUUAAUGCGUUUUCUCGCAUGCUGAACCCUGAAGUAGUCGUUUUGCUCGAUGCUGGUACAAAGCCCGGUAAGGAAUCUCUGCUUGCGCUGUGGCAGUCGUUCUAUAACGACAAGAACCUUGGUGGAGCGUGCGGCGAGGUUCACUCCUUCCGGGAGACGAAAAGUCUUCUCAACCCUUACGUUGCUGCUCAAGAUUUUGACUUGAAACAGGCCAGUAUUCUGGAAAAGCCUCUGGAGAGUGUUUUUGGAAACGUUUCACUGGGCGAAUUCUCUGCAUACAGGUACCGGGCCAUCAUGGGCCGGCCACUAGAACAAUAUUUCAAGGGUGAUUUGACGUUAUCAAGCAAACUUGGCAAAAAGGGCUUUGACGAAAUGCCGAUCUUCAAGAAAAACAUGUUCCUAGCCGGUGAUCGAAUUCUGGGCUUUGAACUUGUAGCCAAAGCCGGCUUUGAGUGGCACUUAGCCCUUGUCAAGGGAGCAAGAGUGGAAGCUGAAGUUGCUCACGAUUUCGCAGACUUCAUCACCAAACGCCGUCACUGGCUGAACGGCUCCCUUGCUGCAGACCUAUACACGAUCAUCCAUUUUGGUAGACUGUACAGCAGCGGGCACAAUAUUCUGCAGCUUGCGCUUCUGCACUUCCAGAUGGUUUAUACCUUCACCCGCUUUGUGAUGAAGUGGUUUUCACUUGCCUCGUUUUGGAUGGUCACCUCUGUCCUUAUGGGCCUUGUGGGCACACCUAAUGAUGCUAAUGGCAACCGAGCAUGGCCAUUUGGCAACGAAGCUUCACCAAUUGUAAACAACUUCCUCAAAUACGGCUACGUAUUUUUCCUGGGCUUGCAGUUCAUUUUGUCUCUUGGCAAUCGUCCUAAAGGUUCUCGCCUUGCCUACACCCUUUCAUUCUUAUAUUUCACCUUCAUCCAGUGUUACGUCACAGUGCUAGCCUUUUAUAUGGUCCACGAGGCUACAUCAAGAUUCAGCUUCAACUCGGUUUUAUACGAGGACGACAUGCUGGCAUCGACUUGGAACAAUUUAGGCUCAAGCAUGGUUCUAAUGAUAUUGGUUUGUACCUAUGGAGUACACUUGGUUGCCAGUGUCCUUUAUACUGAUCCGUGGCACUGUUUAACAUCCGCCUGGGCAUACUUUGCAGGAACGACUUGCGCAUCAAACAUGUUGAUGGUCUACGCUUUCUGCAACUGGCACGAUGUCUCAAUCGGCAAGAGACCCGCGCCAAAAAAAUCAUCGUUACCCGAGGCUCAGACCCAGAAAGAUGACAAGAACAAGUUCAUCGAAGAGUUGGCCAGACCGCAGAUUGAUAUUGAUACCAUUUUCCAAGCCACAGUCAAGCGAGCUCUAGCUACGUGGGCACCACCACCCGAGGGCGAUGAAACCGAUGUUCAGGACUUAUACAAGGGGUUCAGAACCUACCUUGUGUUGCUGUGGGUCUUCAGUAAUCUUAUCAUGGUUCUUUAUAUUAUGAGCAAUGAAGACACACAGCUUUGCCUAAGAGAGCUUCCUGAAUCGCGCAUCUGGAAUUACCUUUUGGCUACUCUGUGGGGAACUGUCGGGCUUUUCCUGUUCCGUUUUGCUGGGUCGAUGUGGUUUUUGGCUAAGACUAGCGUUUUAUGUUGUGUUUCACGACGUUAG